AUGUUGAGGGAUGUGUGGGGAAAGGAGGUGGUAAGCAGGGACUCUCUUAAUAAGGUGGAUGUCUUGUUGUUAAGAAGUAAGGAGGCUUUUCAAAAAUGGAAUAGACAGAAGAAUAGAGGGGAUAGGAAGGCCUUGAAGAAAAAAACAGAAAGGUUAAAAGAGUUACAAGAAGCUGAAAGUAAAAAUAAUGUUGAGGAAAUAAGGGGGGUUAAAAAGGAGCUACAGAUGCUGUUGGAGAAAGAGGAGAGUGCUUUCAUACCUGGGAGGAUGAUCUCAGAUAAUAUCUUGGUGGCAUAUGAGCUGUUACACUCUAUGAAAAUUAGGAGGAAAUGGAAGGUGGGGAAUAUGGCCAUAAAACUGGAUAUGUCUAAGGCUUAUGAUAGAAUAGAAUGGGCUUAUGUAGAAGCUAUGUUGAGGAAGUUGGGUUUCUGUGAGAGAUGGGUUUAUCUGAUUAUGAAAUGUAUUUCAUCUGUAUCUUUUUCUGUGUUGAUUAAUGGGAAACCUGAGGAGAAGUUCUACCCUUCAAGAGGCUUGAGACAGGGAGAUCCUUUGUCUCCCUACCUGUUCAUUCUGUGUGCUGAGGGGCUGAGUGGUUUGCUAAAUGAAGCUGAAAGAAAGAAAGAAACAAAGGGGGUUCAAGUGGCUCGAGGGGGUGUAAGCAUAAAUCAUCUAUUAUUUGCAGAUGAUUGUAUCUUAUUUGGGAGAGCUAGGCUAGAGGAAUGGAAUAGUGUGCAAAGGGUGUUGGGAAAAUAUGAGAAAGCCUUGGGACAAUUCUUGAAUAAGGAGAAAACUUCUAUUUUUUUCAGUAGCAAUACACAAGCUACAGAAAAGAAAAGAAUUAAGGAGGCUGGUGGGGUUGUGGUCUGUGGAAAGUAUGAGAAAUAUUUAGGACUUCCAGCUUUUGUUGGAAGGUCUAAAUAUAACACUUUCAGGAUUUUGAAGGAAAUGAUUUGGCAGAAAAUCUCUAAUUGGAAAAAUAACUUUUUGUCUCAAGCUGGAAGGGAAGUGUUGAUCAAAGCUGUUUUACAGGCCAUUCCAACUUAUACAAUGAGUGUAUUCAAACUCCCUUUGAAUCUAUGUGAUGAGAUUACUACAAUAUUUUCUAAGUUUUGGUGGGGGAGGCAGAACAAAGAGGGAAGCUACCAUUGGAGGAAAUGGGAUAAGAUGGGUGGGCAAAAAAGGAUGGGAGGUAUGGGUUUUAGAGAUUUGAGUAACUUCAACCUGGCUUUGUUAGCAAAACAAGGGUGGAGGUUUAUUCAAAAUCCACACUCUCUUGCUGCUGUAGUGUUUAAAGAAAAAUACUUUAAGGAUGCUGAUUUUUUGAACUCUAAAGUAGGGGUGAGGCCUUCUUUGAUUUGGAGGUGUAUAAAAGAGGCUAGUGGUUUAUUGAAGGAGGGACUUAGAUGGAGGGUGGGAAAUGGAAAAAAGAUUCAGAUAUGGAGAGAUAAAUGGAUGCCAAAACCUUCCUCUUUCUUAGUGCAAUCUCCUAUUUCGAUACUAAGGGAAGAAGCUAAGGUGGAAGAACUGAUUUGUGAUCAGCAAGGAUGUUGGAAAGCAGACUUGGUCAUGAAGAUAUUUAAAAAAGAAGAGGCUGAGAUGAUCUUGAGCAUGCCACUGAGUAGAAGCAACCUUGAAGACAAAAUGUUUUGGGGCCCAUCUACAAAAGGAGUGUUUACUGUCAAGAGUGCUUAUUACCUUCAGUUGGAUAGACUGAAAAGAUACAAGGGAGGAGGCCCGAAGGAUGGGGAUAAGGAUGAAAGAUGGAGGAAUAUUUGGGGUCUGAAUGUACCAAACUCAGUGAAGAGCAAAGUACAGAAAUGUAAAAGAAAAGGUGAAGGCUUUCUGAAACUGUGGGAAGGUCUGAUGGAACAAUUUUCUCAAGAACAAUUGGAAGGGAUAGCAGUGCAGUUAAGGAGGGUGUGGAUGAGACGAAAUGAAUUUGUUUUUGAGAAAAUGUCAUCAUGUCCAAGGAAGUUAAUUGCUGGAGCUAAGGAGAGCUUAGAGGACUUUAGGCAACCUCGGCAAGUGCAGAGCCCAGUGAUAGAGGGGAGUAAAGGGAUCAGAAUAAAAAUAUCAAAAUGGGUGAAACCAAAAGCAGGUUUUUUGAAAAUUAAUUGGGAUGCCUCCUUAGAUGUUAAACAAGGGGUGAUGGGAAUGGGAAUAAUCAUAAGAAAUGAUCAAGGGGAGGCUAUGGUGGCAGCGUGUGACAGCAAAAAAUGGGUCCAGAAACCAUAUAUAGCAGAAUGUUGUGCUUUAUGGAAGGCUAUGGAGAUUUGCAGAGAUCUGAAUCUGCAACAGGUGAUUUUUGAAGGGGAUGCCAAAACUGUUAUUACAGCAGUAGAUAGUGAUAAAGAUGUAAUGAGUUCUUUUGGUCCUUUGAUUGUUGAUAUAAGAAAGGUUUUUAGAAAUAGAAGUGAUUGA